AUGGACUUGGAGAAGUUUGAAAACUAUCCCUGGGGGCGAGUAGCUUUCAAGACCCUCAUCAAGUCCAUAAAGAAAGCAGACGUGUCCAAGCCAUUCAGCCUCGAAGGCUUUGCUGAAGUCGUGCAAGUGUGGGCGUACUAUGCUAUGCCGAGGUUCGGAGAAGAAAACGGUGAUCCGAGGCCAAAUAAUCCUGAGCCACCGCUGCUAGCAUUCAAUGGAAUCAGAGGGAAGAGAUAUGUUAUCGGAACCAUGAAGAAGCAGGUGCUUUUCAAUCACAUGGUAAUGGUGGACAAGGCAGACGUGUACCCACGUUGGGACAAGGAAAUAGAUGACGAGAAGGUGGACAACAUCAUCAAGGCCUUACUUGGGGAAUUUGGUGGAGGAUGGGUCUGGAAACCAGCUGACUGGGUUAGAGAAGGGAUAUCGGUGGUUAAGAAGGUGAAGUCCGAGAAGUCUGUGAAGUCAGAGAAGUCUCAUGGCAAGAGGAGUCUCUCUGAUGAGGCUGAUGAUGAUGAAGCGAUAAGUGUCAAAAGAGCUCGGACUAGGUGGUUCACCUGCGGAGGCUCUGGUGCUGGUUGGAAAGGUCUUGAGGCGAAGAUUGAGGAGCUUUUUAAAGACUUCAACAAAAAACACUUCGAGGAGAUGAGUAAGACUCAGGAAAAGAUUCAGGUCCUCACUGCUCAAGUCGCUGUGGUAGGAAGGAUUGUGAAGAAGCUUUCGCAUCCUAAGGAUUCUCAGAAGUCCGAUGAGAAGCCUGUGCAUUCCAAUGAGGAUUCUGCGAAGGCCAAGGAGGAGCUGGAGAAGAAGAAUGAGGAUCUGGAUCAGAAGAAUGAGGAGCUGGAGAAGUCCGAUGAGAAGCUGGAGAAGUCCAACGAUGGUGAAGGGACUUCUGGUGCAACGUUCAAACUUCUCGACACUCAUUAUCUGUUUUGUCUCUCUCUAUCUCUCUUGUGUUUGAGCAAUGUUAAUAAUACCGGCGACGAGGAUACAGACUGCACUUGGGUCCGGACACAUAUUCCAACUGAUUCUGAGGAAGCCGAAGAGAAAAGGCAACAUGAAGAGCUGAUCAAGGCGGCGAAUGUUAUAGCAAGAGGAAAAAGUGAGAGAGUCAGGAGGCUGGCGUCUACACAGGAAGGAAAGCAGGUAAUUAGAAGAAAGCCGAUCCUCCGUCCAAAGAAAGGCGAUCCUCCGAAGAAAGCACCUCCUCCGAAGAAAGCAGCUGAACCUAAGAAAGCACAUGGUGGGAAAGCAACCGGUGGGAAUGAACCUCUAGGGUAUAAUCCAUUUGCUCCACCUCUCGAGGAAAGGAAAACACCAAUGCUGGCAUUCGUUUCCGGAUUACCGGGCUAUUGUGCAGGUAAAGAGCCGGACAAGGUAGCUUACCCGGAAUGGCACUGGUGGUUUACUUUGCUCACGGGGUUGGAAUGGCUGUCGGAUAGCAAACUAGAUGAACGCCUUCACCCGGGCACUACAGUCCAUCGCGGUACCCGGUUCAUCCUCCCAUCUAUUGGCCUUACUGGCGCACCAUGCCAAUGUCUGGUUGGAUCCCAUAUCGUCAUAUGGUACCAUACUCGGCCAAGGCAGCUGACCAGGUUAUCCUCCGAGUCUUCCUCCCUUCAUGCACAGCCUCCACGCUGCCAAUCCGGUUGGGCUCUGACGUGCGAGAAUGCGCUUGACUACACCUUCCUAAACAACAUGUGGUUAGACACGCCACAUGUUCUCAGUACUUAG